AUGGACUUAAGAAACAUCACGGACGAGGCUCCGUUACUGCAGGCCAUAUUCAGCAGAAACACAGAGGAGGUGGCGUUUCUGCUGAGCCAUAAUGAACAAGUCAAUGCACUGGAUGAAAAUCAAAGCACUCCUCUUCACGCUGCUGCUUAUUUGGGAGACGUCCCGAUCAUGGAACUGCUCUGUUCUUCAGGUGCUGAUGUCGAUGCCAAGGAUCGGUCUUUAGUGACUCCUUUACAUCGAGCGGCGGCUUCAAGAAACGAAAGGGCUGUGGAGCUGCUGCUGACACAUGGAGCGAUGGUGAACCUGCUCCUCAGACAUUCUGCAAACAUCAAAGCCAAAGACAAGAAAGAGCGGCAACCAACCCACUGGGCUGCACAUCUGGGGCAUGUGGAGGUGCUGAAGCUGCUGGUGUCCCAUGGAGCAGAUGUGAUGUCCACAGACAGACAGGGCUACACUCCUCUUCACGCUGCUGCCUCCAACGGUCAGAUGGACGUGGUCAAGUAUCUGCUCAAACUGGGAGUCCAGACAGACGCCCUGAACUGCAGUGGUAGCUCCGCCCUCCAUGUGGCCUGUCAGAUGGGGCAGGACGCUGUAGCCAAUGAGCUGGUGAACUGUGGUGCUAACAUUAACCAUGGCAACAGCAGCGGAGACACGCCCCUUCACCUGUCUGCUGCCUCGUCCAAUGGGACGCUGUGCCUCGAGCUGCUCAUCAACAAUGGGGCCGACCUCAACUUACAGUGA